AUGAUGCCGGAUGCCGUACAAUCGGUGGAUUUGUCUGCUGUGGAUGAUGCUAGGAAAAAUCCGGUACUACGACGCGGCCAUUCAGCCCUAUCCAUGCAAUCGGGUCUACAGAAUACAACUGGCUUCCAGAGCAUGAAAAAGUCCGAAAGUCAGGAUACGCCUUCUCCCAAGCUGAAGUCUGUACCUUCGCUGAGCAAUUUGAAUCUUUUGCAAUCGGAGUUGGCCAAACAAAAGCGUAUGAGGGCCGGUGCAGAGAAGUUGCUUAGAGUGUCAGACGUUUCCUUGCCUUCUAGUCAUCAUACGGGAAUGUCAUUUCUGGGUAAUCAGAGUUUACCGGCUUACAACAACACAACUCACAAAGCUAGAAUGCGUACUCAGUCUGAACUGGAGGAUGCCAACAGAAAUAUCAUCACUCUGGAGAAGAAAAUAGAGGCCAUGAAAAGGAUUCAAGAUAAGGAAACCGACCAGACAACUCGUACUCGGAGCAACACGCUAGCCACAAAUGUUUCUGACUCUUUCAGCGAUGACGCAAGGACACCUAUAGAUAUGUCAACAACAAGUCCAACUUGGAUCUUGGCUGAUAUCCUGCAAUCCCUGGGAGAUAAGGAUAAUUCCCCGGAGUUUCUGCUCAACAAGUCGAACGAGCUAGUGGUCUUCCUUCAACAAUAUUCGUCAUUGAGAGAGGAUUUGGUGCUCACCUCGAUUGGCCACAGACUACAAUUCUUGCUGCUUCAUAACCUCUCCGAGGUUGUCGCGUGUGGGUUCAGAAUAGCCAGGUAUAUCCUAACUGAUCUGUCAACUUUGUCUGUGUUGAAGUCACUGAGAGUGGACUCAUUUGCGAUAAUAUCUCUUGCCAAGGAUCCCAAGUACACCGCGGAAAGGGAACAGGCACUGAAACUCUUUCGGAAGUUUUUAGAAAUCGACGGAGGCGUCCAUGAACUCAGUAUUGGCAGCUUUCGGGCCAUCGUUGCAGUGGCAGAAACAAACGAUGACGCAUUGAGGCCAAUUGCUCUGGAAACAUUGUGUGAACUUGCUCUAUUGAAUCCUCAAAGCCUGUAUAAGGCAAAUGGCUUGAGAGCCAUUAUUCAGAGUAUUACUGAUGGUCCGUUUGACUUAUCUGCUGCUAGCACAGCAACGAUCAUCAAGAUGUUCGAGCUUCCGCUUACCAGGACGUACGUCCUUCAGGAAUACACGAUAUCGUCGAUCAUCGCGCCCUUCAUGGACGGUCAUGCCAAAAAUGAGAGAUUGCAGAAUGUCGCUUUUCUGCUAACUAUCAUUCUGAAGACAUGGCCAGGCAUGAUUGCAUUCUCUGAAAAGAGCUUCUCCCAUCUGAAAGGUCUCAUCAGUUGCUUGACAUAUGAUUCGCCCAGUUUGCGGAGCAUCAUUGUACACGUUUUCCUUGAUAUUCUGAGAAUAAGGACUCUUCCAUGGGUGCAAUCGAACAAAACAAGAACUGACUCAUACCAAAACUUUACUUAUACCAUCACACACUCGAGCAAAAACAACUCUCGAAAAGUUGUUUUGGAGAGUGAGUCCUCGAUUGUCAACCAACAUACAGCUCUUCUUCUGAGAGCCUCCAUUGAUUGUGGACUGAUAGAUAAGUUGAAAUCUGUUAUCCUCAGCAACAACGAUAAGAGUACGCGCAAGGCUCUUCUUCUCCUGUCUGAGAUCAUGACACUAGCAUCAAGUUUGAUACCCAAAGAGUUUUUUCACGAGAGAGACUAUAUGGCUAUGCUACCUUUGGUUCGUGAAAGCGAGGUUCUUCACAAGAACUUACCAACGGCCGUGUCAUUUUUGGUCGAACGUAAUGUCCGCAAAGAGGGUAAAGGCAGAUACUCUUUGGGAAUGCCUGGGAAGCCUGUGGACAUUAUCAAUCAAUUCUCGAAAGAAGCAAGAUCGAAAGUGAGAUAUAUGGUUGAUGAUUCAGAAUUCAAGCAAAUGAUAGCAGAUACCCAAGUUAUGACAACUAAAGACUAUACCAAGUGGAACUGGAACUUACUUUCUGACUUGAUUACUGGGCCACUGAUGAGUCCUCGUCGUCUCGAGGAGACCAUCAAAACUACCAAGUUUUUGAAACGUCUCAUGUCGUUUUUCAGACCCUUCAAAUACAGAUUCUCUGCUUCUAGGAAAACGAAAUCAAGCCAAAAGUACAUCCGGGUAGGGUGCGAAAUUUUCAGGAUGUUUCUUUCAUGUCAAGAAGGCGUGAAACAUUUAUCAGAGAACAAGCUACUCCCCCAGAUAGCUGAAUGUCUAGCUCAAGUCGAUCCCUACAGUGGUAUCACUGCUGCAGAUCCAGUAUUUUCGCGUCAAAAACUCGAAAAUACCGCGUGUCAUGGAUACUUCAAGAUGCUUGGAGUACUUUCGUCAGAUCCUAAUGGUCUGCAAAUGCUGGGGCAAUGGUGGAUCUACAACAUGUUAUACCACAUCACCGAACGCCGAACAGGAAGAGAUGAUCUGGUCAAGCUCUUUAUCAAAGAGAUGGACUAUCGAUACCAAACCCAUCUCAGGAUCUUGCUGCGCAAAGUAGCUACCACUGGAGACACCAGCAUGAGAAUAUUUGCUACCAACCAUCUUGCAAAUCUGUUGCUGAUCGAGGAAUGCCAGGACUUCGCUUGCAGUAUUCUGGUGACACAGCUUUGCGAUCCAGAUAUGGAGGUUUGCAAUAUUGCAGUGAAACUUCUGGACCAUUAUUGUUCUGAUAAGGAGAAAAUUUUACAGCUGGUUAAGAAGCGUCCAUCGUUGGACCAUCUGGGGAGGACCGCAAUGCCUUUGUUGCUGAGAAUAAUGUCAACAGAUGUGGGUUUUCGCUACCUUUCCGAUAUCAACUUCAUCGAUUCCGAAUUGGAGAGUUGGAUUGAGUACAAAAAUCUGUCCUACAUUUAUGAAGUAGAGAAGUUACUGGCUGUCGAAAUCUUCAAUGUGAGACCAGUACUUACUACCGCAUCUGCUGAUGAACCAAGCACCUCCGACACCAGAUCUGUUCCUCAGCAUUUCUUUGGUGAGCUGGUGAAGACCAAGUCAGGCAUGAACAUUCUUGGAUCAACGGAAACAUUCACAUCAUUUUGCAAUACCAUAAGCUCUUACUCUGCUAGGAUAUAUAACGAGCAUGAGGUAGAACUCUAUGACACCAAUCUGACUUCCAUGUUUGAUCAGGAAAAGCUGAUUUUGGAUUUGAAAGCUAGUCUAUGGGCCGUUGGUCAUAUUGGUUCCUCUGACAAUGGUGCGAUAAUGCUUGAGAUCAGCGGAGUGGUGGAGGAUAUAUCAUACAUCUGUUAUAACACACUCAAUUGGACAUUAAAGGGGACAUGUUUCUAUGUUCUCGGGCUGAUUGCACAGACUUCAGAGGGAAUGGAGAUCUUGGACGAUCUGGGAUGGUCAACUACCGUGGCUGCAAACGGUUCUCCAUUGCCUCUCUGUUUGCCAAAGAGUAUGAGUUCCUUCUUCAACUGUGCCGAAAAUGGCUUUUCUAGCCAGAAAAUACCGGCAGACAUCCUGACUCAAUCAGAGCCCGAGAGUUCAGAAGUUGCAGAAAUGCUCAAUGGAAGACGUUCCCAGGUUCAGCUCAGCAAGAGUAGUUCGUCAAGUGUGGUCUCUUCUUUGCUGGGAACUGGCAUCCCUUCCCAUGACAUGGUGCUUAUCAACAGCGUUCUUGAGAGCCUGAUUGAUAUGUUGGUCAAUGUUUCCAAGGCUAUGACCUCCUUGACGAAAUUAAAGCACAAACAUGCUGCGAGUUUCGAAACAGAACCAGCACUGCUGCUGUUAGCUCUUGAAGUACUGUCAAAGUACAAGUACAAGCCCAGUGCCAGACGCUAUGUGCUUCUGGAACUAUUCAACUAUGGAAAGAUGAUGGAGCUUUUACUCAAGAAAGAUAGAAAGAGGUCGAAGGAACAGAGUUCCUACGUUCCCAGGAAACAGACCACUGGUGCGACAACGAUCGAAGAGCAACACAAAGAGCCCAGUCCGACUCGUCCCACAUAA